CAAGAUUUGGCUUAAUCUUCGUCUUGGUCAUCGUCAACAUUGUGGUAGUGUCAAGUUGCCCCACAAUUAUUGAAGGAAAGUGGAUGGUAAUUGGAAACAGCUGGAAAAGAUUGGCCUACAACUAUUGAAGGAAAGUGGAUGCAUAUUGCAGGCUUCCUUUUGCUUUUACUCGAAAAACUGAUCAUAUAUUCAGGACACAGCCGACUCCUUUUAACUCACAAGACACAGCCUCCUUUUUCAGUCAAGUUUACAGCAAGCAUUUCCGUAUCCAUGGCUGCUCAAAUCCGUUGGAAUUAUGACGUCUUCUUAAGUUUCAGAGGUGAAGACACUCGCAAAACUUUCACCGAUCACCUCUACACCGCCUUGAGGAAUGCCGGAAUUUGCACAUUCCGAGAUGAUGAUGAUCUUCCUAGAGGGGAGUACAUCUCUACCAAACUGCGCAAAGCUAUUCAAGAAUCAAAGGUUUCUAUUGUGGUUUUUUCAAAAGGAUAUGCUUCUUCCAGUUGGUGUCUUGAUGAGCUUGUAGAGAUCGUACGUUGUAAGAAUUCUAUAAGCCAAACUCUUCUUCCCAUAUUUUAUGAUGUGAACCCAUCCGAUGUGCGAAAACAAACCGGAACUUUUGCCGAAGCAUUUGCUGGGCAUGCAGACCGGUUUCAAGCAGAGAUGGAGAGGGUGCACAAGUGGAGAACAGCUCUUACCGAAGCUGCAAACAUUUCUGGCUGGGAUCUCCAAGACGUUGCAAACGGGUAUUAUAUAUGUUAUUGUCUCUUGUGCUUUUUAUGCAACGUUAUUAUUAAUAUUUUAUUUUAUUUUUUGUCUUUUGUUUUUCUUUUAAAUGUCAAUCGAAAAUUGAUAAAAAUUAAAUUGAAGUUUAGCUAAAAAUAGAUUGACGAUUUAACUUUAUAUGACUACUGAUCCACAUUUAACUUGGUUAUAGAAAAAGUAAUACGAGUUUUAUAGUGACAGGCAAUUUUGGAUCUCAGAUCAAAUCUUUAAGUUAUUUUGAAAUUAAACUCAAUUAUUUUCACGGAAAAAGAUCUUGAAACUCAAACAUUUAGGGUGUGUUUGGCAAAAGACUUGAAAAAAGGGAGUGUAUUGGAACUGUAGAAGAUUUGAUUGAUGUGAGAAAAAAAAGUAAGAACGUUUUGUAUUAAAAAAGUAAAAAAAAAUUGUUUUGUAGUGAUUUUUUUUAAAUAAUAAUAAAAAGUGAUUAAUGUGAUAUAAAAAGUAAGAAUGUUGAAAUUUAUUUUGAGAUGAAUUUUUUUGGUCUUUGGGUCCAUUCCCGUCCAUGUUAGUUUGUGAUAAAAUUAAAUGGGUGGUAGGCAAUGGAAAUUUGAUUUCCCUUUGCUUGGCAUCCUGAUUGAUCCCUAGUCCAUAUGUUUGCCAACCUUUUUGUUUUCAGUCUGAAAAAUAAAUACAUCAACUAGCAAGAUAAAAUGCCCCUGAAAAUACAAAAUACUUUUUAAAUACCUAUCUUCUUCUCUGGUUGUAGGAAUAU